UAUUAUUUAUGACACAUGAUUUCUGACAUUUCCUUUUGUAUUUUUGACUGUUAGUAAUAUAAUCAUGUUAUUUUUUACACCAACCAGUUUUGUACAAUUUCACAAGAAACGUAUUUAGACCAUACAUGUAGGACCUAUGCAAAUAUUAGUUAACAUACAUUUUGGAGAAACUAACAAGUGUUAUCCCAAUGUUUCUGUAACACUUUCAGCUAUCUCAAAUUUGGUAUAACUACCUGUAAAUUAAAGGUGUAUUUAUAUUUAUCACGAUGGCGGCGCAAACUAAAAAUUCAGUGGAAACAAUCCUGAACUUCGAAACGACUGAUGAUAACUUGAGCGACUGGUCUGUGGUGUGGUCGACCAACCAGAUCCCGGGCAUGGACACGGCGACGGGCGGCGGGUCGACGCGGCGCCGCAAGACGGGCCGCCGCCGCCUGCGCCGCACCGCGCUCACGCUCGGCUCCAUGCUCGCCAUGCACUGCCGGAUGGGCUCGGUAGCUCUCACUUGCGGCAUGUUCGUUUUCUUGAUGAUGCUGAUCCCGUGUAUAGGUGUACUCGCCAAUCCGCUACGGCAUUUCGAGGUGUAUCUUGGCCAAUGGAGCCUCAGCGGACCGGGUCGGGCGUUCCGCAUAAUUCCUAUGUUGGAUGGAGUUGGCCUAGCUAUAUGCAUCCAUGCAUUAACACGAGCUAUUGUGAGUGUGGGUAUAGCUGGCCUCUCCGCGCUAUAUGUCAUGCACUCGGUUUCCGACAACACUUUACCUUUCACACAUUGCAGGACUCACGACUUAACGAAGUAUAAUCCUGUAAAGCAUUACAUUGACGUGAAAUUGUUUGAGACCGAGAAUGCGGAUAUUUCACUGGAAUCAUUAAUUGAUGAUGGGGAAAUGGACACUGAUAUUCCGACUACAGUGGGGAUGCAGGACUUUGCAUGGCGAAGAGCCCACAAUGAGAGUUUUUACAGAUAUAGCAAUUUAACGAUGCGAAGCGAUCCCAGGCGUUUUAUUUACCUGUGUAAGGAACGUUAUACUGGUUACCCUCCUAUCUUCAGAACUCCGCCAUAUAAUUUCUUUUAUGUAGAACUAAUACAUUAUCGCGCUGAUCACAAUUUCUUUAAAAUAAAUUUACCAUUACUCAUAAGUAUGGCAUGCUGCUGGGCUGCUAUAUGGAUUGGGAUAAUAAGUGAGAAGUUCAGAUAUGGAAGGAUGAUAUGGAACAAUAUGUAUCCUUGGUUCGGUUACGUGCCUUGGUUGUGGGCGGCUCUGCUACUGUUUAUAGGAAUCAGAAAUUUCUUGCUUAAGCCAAAAUCUUUUCGCAAUGUAGUCCAAAUUGGUGGCGAUAAAGAAAUCUUAUACGGUAUAACAGAAGCUUUUAUAAUGGGCGCCUACGUACACGCUGCCGGGCUCGGAUCCGAGAUCAUUCACGGCAAAGGCCUUAACUUUUAUGCAUCAGGGCAUAUAGACCCACAGCUCAACAGCGACAACUUGUGGCACACGGCGCUUUUGUUUUUACUAGUUUGCUUAUUGUCUGGCGGCGCCAAUAUUUGUGCACUCAGCGACUAUAUGCAGAUGAAAGGCAUAAACAAAGUGGAUGAAAGUACUUUAUGGAUUCUACCUAUGUAUUCAAAAUGUACGGCGUCAGGUGAUUUUUCUCAUUUCCUCUCAACGCUAAUAUUUUCUGGUCUAACAUUUUCUUACAUAAUUGUGGCUUUUGUGUGCCUGAAGACAGCCUUACACAUUAUUUUCGAAUACAGAGUAAAAUUAGUGUUUGUGGAGCAACUUGUAGUCAGCGCAGUAAUCGUAUGUUGCAUGUGUUUCAGUGUUUUGUUUGCUUCUAAUGCUGGUCUCGGGUUUUUGGAGAGUCUGGAUUCUAUUUUAGCAGGAAUAGUGGCGAUGUUUAUAUGUGCAUUUGAGAUGUUCGGAAUUAUGUACGUUUACCGCAGUUACGACUUUGUGUCAGACUUGAAUAUCGCUACUGAAGAAAACGCGUGUUCCACGCGUCUUGCUAUUCAGUGGCAGAUUAUACCGUUUGUUUGCAUGCUCAUGUUGGUAAUAAAGGCGGUGCAGUUGUCUAUGUGCGAGAUUCCAAAUCAAUUCUUCGCGUAUACGUUGCCUGUGCUGCUAUGCGCGGUACUAUCGCUACCGCUCAGGGCUAUCCACAACGCGUACGUGUUCUUACGACCCCCAGCCAGACAUGCCUAGAGAACUGAAUUCCUAAUAAAUCUAUCAAAGUACAAAACCGUUUCAUUUAUUUAUUUAAGCUACAAAUACCCACAUA